ACCAAACACAGCAAUCGUGUGGGAAGGGCGAGGUGACUUAAACGUCAACGAGCCACAACCCUUCCUUUCUGCUUCUGAUUUACUCUGCAAAUUGAAACAACACGACAAUGCGUGCCGGCCAAAUCUCACGCGCCACCGUGGCAUUUCAAAUCCUCCUUUGUCUGCUCCUCGUUUUCGUCAUCCAUUGCUCCGGACAGCAAAAUUGCAGCAAGACAUGUAUUGCAGAACAGUGCGACACGAUCGGAAUCAAAUACGGCAAGUAUUGUGGGGUGGGCUAUACGGGUUGUCCCGGGGAGGAACCAUGCGAUAAUCUCGAUGCUUGUUGUAUGGCCCAUGAUGACUGCGUUGACAAAUUUGGAAUGACUCAUGUGAAAUGCCACAAGAAAUUAAAGAAUUGCCUAACCAGGGUACAAAAAUCUGGCAAGGUUGGAUUUUCCAAGGAGUGUCCUUACAAUAUAGCUGCACCUACUAUGAUAAGAGGCAUGGACUUAGCCAUCUUGCUGAGCCAAUUGGGUGAUUCCGUUCAUGAUCUGUGACAAACUUGAAUCCCCUUGAUACCCAUUAACAAACUUCAAAUUGAUCUUAUGAUCCUAUUGAGCCUGAUUAGGCCACUAUUUUUGUUUUACUAUGCUGUUAUUUUUUAUUAUAUCCCAGAAGAACUGCAAGGUUCUAACAUUAUUGAAAGAAAUGACA